UGUCUCGCCCAAAGGCGGCCAGCGCGCGGAACGCUGCGGAGAGCCCAACAGCCUCCGCCGAGCAGUCACAGCCAGAGCGCGCCCGCCGGCCAGCGAAGAGGCCAACCGGUCUCCCUUCCGGACAGCCGGCCGCCCUCCGGCCUCGGCGGCUUCUCGCCUCCCUCCCGGCCCAGGUUGUCGGACAUCGAGCUCCUUCGUCCUUUCGCCUCGUUUGGAUCCGCUGGGACCCCGAAGAGUUCUCCUCCUUCUCGCCUCCUCCUCCCCCUCCGCGCAGCUCAGGCUCGCAGAGAUGCUGAAGCCCGGCGAUCCCGGCGGAUCAGCUUUCCUCAAGGUGGACCCGGCUUACCUCCAACACUGGCAGCAGCUUUUCCCGCCCAGCAGCCAACUGAAAGGCGGCGUGGGGCUGCUGGGCCAUCCCCUCCAGCCGCCCGAAAGAGCCGUCGACCCGACCUGUGACAACCUCCGGCAGCUCCCGGCCUCUCUCGCUUCGUCCACCUCUUCAUCCUCUUCGUCGUCGUCCUCCUCCUCCUCCUCCUCUUCUUCCACUCCUUCGUCCGCCCCGUCUUCGUGCGUCGCCGCCGCCGCCUCCCUGGCCAGCUUGACUUCGCUGCCGAUGGCGCAGAUCCCUGUCUUCGGGCCGAUCCAAAGCUCCGAUCCAGCGACGGGAGCCCCGGUCUCGCUCUUGCAGACCAAGGACUUGGGAGGGGGCGGCGGCAGCCUGGCCAAGUGCAGCGAGAGGGGGGCGUCCAGGUUUCGCUGCACCGCCGAAGAACUGGACUAUUACCUCUACGGGCAGCAGCGCAUGGAGAUCAUUCCCCUCAACCAGCACACCGGGGACCCCAACAAUCGGUGUGACAUGUGUGCCGAUAACCGAAAUGGAGAAUGUCCCAUGCAUGGACCUCUGCACUCCUUGCGCCGCCUGGUGGGAACUAGUAGUGCGGCGGCUGCAGCUCCUCCCCCUGAGAUUCCAGAGUGGCUUCGGGAUCUGCCACGAGAAGUAUGUCUGUGCACCAGCACUGUUCCUGGCUUGGCCUAUGGCAUCUGUGCAGCCCAGAGGAUUCAACAGGGCACUUGGAUUGGGCCUUUCCAGGGCGUUCUCCUUCUGCCAGAAAAGGUACAAACAGGAGGAGCCAGAAAUACUCAGCACCUCUGGGAAAUAUAUGAUCAAGAUGGGACACUACAGCACUUUAUUGAUGGUGGGGAACCCAGUAAGUCAAGCUGGAUGAGAUAUAUUCGAUGUGCACGGCACUGUGGGGAACAAAAUUUAACUGUAGUCCAAUACAGAUCAAAUAUAUUCUACCGAGCUUGCAUGGAUAUUCCCAGAGGCACUGAGUUGUUGGUGUGGUAUAAUGACAGCUACACAUCUUUCUUUGGAAUCCCUUUGCAGUGCAUUGCACAGGAUGAGAACUUGAAUGUUCCUUCAACUGUAAUGGAAGCCAUGUCAAGACAAGAUACUCUCCAGCCAUUUAGCAAAAGUAGCAAACCGCCCUCUGCCCCUCCACAGCGAUCCAUAGUCUUUCCACAGACUCCAUGUAACAGGAAUUUCUCUCUUCUGGAUAAAUCGGGUUCUCUCGAAUCAGGAUUUAACCAGAUCAGUGUAAAAAACCAACGAGUCCUCGCAAGUCCAACAUCAACAAGUCAAUUAAAUUCUGAGUUUAGUGACUGGCAUCUUUGGAAAUGUGGGCAGUGCUUUAAGACUUUCACCCAGCGGAUCCUCUUGCAAAUGCAUGUUUGUACACAGAACCCUGACAGAAAUUCCCAACAAUCCCAUUUGGGGGGCUCCAGAAAGGGGCCCUAUCAGUGUGGACACUGCUCCCAAUCCUUCUCCCAACCUUCAGAGCUCCGGAACCACGUAGUCACUCACUCCAGUGACAGACCUUUCAAGUGUGGCUAUUGCGGUCGUGCCUUUGCUGGUGCUACUACACUCAACAAUCAUAUCCGGACACAUACAGGGGAGAAACCCUUUAAGUGCGAGAGGUGCGAGAGGAGCUUCACCCAAGCCACCCAGCUGAGUCGACACCAGAGGAUGCCCAAUGAGUGCAAGCCAAUAACAGAGAGCACAGAAUCAAUUGAAGUGGAUUAACUGAUUGACUGGUUGGAAUUAAACUGCAAGGAAAGUCAUGAUUAAAUGUCACGGACACUUAAGCAAAACCAAAGAUUUCCUCUGAGCAACUUUCAAUCAGUCUCAGAAAACCAAGAGCAGUAAUAAAAUAAGUAAGAUGUUAAGAGAUAUUGAUCCUGGCAUGGAAGCGAAACCAGGGAAGAGAUUAUUUAUUUAUGACUAAGAAUGAGACGGAUUUCAAUGGACAAGAAAUCCAAGCCUUGUAGGAUUUCCAGCCCCUUCCUCAUCAUGUAUUGCUUUAUUUCUAAAAGCUUUUAUAAUUGCUAUUUAAUACCAAAGCAACAAAUGUCAAGGGCUUUUCUGCCCAUAACUAUGAACGGCAAAUGCACAGGGAGUUGUUUAUUGUUGCACCUUUUUCUUCAGCACGACUCAAUGGACCCAAAUAUGUGUUCUUGAUAAGGUUCGGUUGGAUUGCCAUUCUUUUGACUUGACAGUAAUUUAAAAGGACUAAAUGACAAGAGAGAGAAGGUGAUCCAGGACCAUCAUUGCCCUCUGACUAAGGCACAUUUCAUUUCCAUGGGUUCAAAAUUCACAUUUUGUGCACUUUUUUUGUAUAAAUGUUUUCAUUAGCCAGUAUUGCAUUGGCCAAGGAGAUCCCAGAAAUGUUAAAUAAAUCUGUAGAUAUAUAUGUUGUAAAAUAUCCAUAAGGAAAGCAUUUGAAAUAUGUAGAGUUUUUGAAAACUGUUCUCUUUAAUGAAUGAGACAUAUUAUUCAUAACUGAUGAAUAAUUUCAAGUGAAAUAGUGACACUCUCUUAUCUAAAGUUAUCAUGCUUGAAAUCAUAAACAUUAAAAGUGGUAUAGCAAGAGGCAUUCUUUACUUUAAUUACAAAGAAGAAAAAUCAAUACAAUUUGUCCAUGUUUAAAAUUUUUACGAUCAUCCACACAAGGCAAAAAUAGGUUCAUGCUGUAUAGCUACGACACAGGAUAAAUUCGGUUCCAAUUUUCUAUUAUACAACAUAGAAAAAUACAGGCAGUUUAGAUGUCAGUUACUACAUGGACACAGAAGUAAAGUCAUUCCUGAACCCACACAUUUGAUAUGAUUGUAAUAUCUCCUGACGUACAAAAGGCUUAAGACUUAUCUGCCUUUAUUCCUCUCUAUGUGCAUAUUCUCAAGUCCUUUCCCCAUUUCUUGCAAUGGUGAGCAUAAUCUCUGAGCAUAAAAUGGUGGAGUAAGGAUAAACAGUCAAUAUGUAUAUUUACAUGAAAGAAAGUCCUACCAUAUUAAGUGGUUAUGUGGGGCAAAUGUGCAUUAGAUCAUCAAUUUUAAUUUUAUGUUGAAGCAUUUUAUAUUUUUUAAUCUCAAUUGACCAUGCUGGCGGGACUUUAUACUAAAUUAAAUUCACAGUUAUUCCCAUCACUUCAGAGUAAUAUUUAUUCCUUGAAGGUCCUUUGGGCCAUUUCCAAUUUUUAAGUCCUUUAAAAUUGAAACACAUGAAAAUAGUUGUGUUGUGUGAGAUAGGUGGCAAUAUAAAUGUGAUAAUUAAUUAAUUGUGAAACGUACUACAAAUGAAUAAGUUGAAUGCUGUAGCAAAUGUAGCAAAAGACUAAUCUAACAAUAGGUAAGGUGACCUUCCUACUCUGCUCCCGAUUGGCCCUAUUUCCUUCUUUUGUUUCUGUGGUUUAGGGGUUAGCCCAAUGUUAAAGAUUAAAUUUGCAAUAUUGAAUUAAAAACUUAGUAACAAAAACAAAACAAAAGAUUUAUAAGGUACAUCUUUGGUAUUGAUGAUAUAGUUGCACAGAUAUUUAAUCAAAUCAACAAAUUAAUGAAAUCAAAUACAAGAUGUAUUGUUGGUGUGUGGAUAAAAAAGUCCUUUAUUCUCGUUCUCAGGAUGGCCUGUGCUAUAAAAGAUUAUCAUCAUCAUCUGGUUAUUGAUUCCUUUGUACAAGCCAAUUCUACCAAUUUUGAAAGUCAUCACUGGCAUGGUCCCAGACUCAGUUGUAUUUAUCAGGCAUAAUCUGUAAAUGCCAUUUUUGCCUUUAGAACCUUACCUCAUUACCUCAUGACUGAAACAUCACUAUAUAAUUCAUAAACCUCUUGAGUUAAUGUAUUGGCUCAUUUAGAAAAGUAACCAGGCACCUCUGCCUCAUUAAACAUGUAAUAUUAAAGAGUUGAAAUUUGUGUAUUUCAUACCUUUUUAAUCACAUUUUUCUAUUACAAGAGUAGCAGACAAAAUAUAUAAAUAUGAAUAAACAUUAUAAAAUUGAAACAACAAAGUAACAAUAAUAAAGGAUCUAGAAGAAACUCUUGCUGGCCCGCAUAUAUCUAGGAAAUGGUUGUUAGCUUCAUUUAUCAACUUUAAUGGUCUUAAGGAUAUGGCACUGUUGAUACCCAAGAACAUCAAUGGAUUUUCUGUUCUGCAAGGUGAGCUGCAAAUUUCCCAGUAGUAGUACUGCAUGCUAGGGUAUUUAGCAGUGCUUUUUAAACAAUGAGAGGCCUGAGGGAUUGAUCAUGAAUUUCCUUAAUGCACUAGAGAAUUUUUGCUUCUUAUUUUGUACUUUACUGCCAACUGAAUAAGUUUAUUCCAAAUCAACUGAUGUGUUUAUUUUGUGGAAAUGCAUAAAGAUUAGAAGUAUCAAGACAUCUCUCUAAGUGCUUUUUAGAAUCUGCAAAUUUUUUAGAUCAACAAGACUUUUCUGAACUUUAAAUACUUGGAUUUAGCUAAAUUCCAUAACCAAAAAAUCAGUGUUGAACUUCCCUUUAAAAAGUGUCUAUCUUUAACAU